UGCAGGCGCUGCUCGAUCAAGGGUCGCAUUGCUGGAAGCAACGCCUUACGUACGACGGUCACGCGCCACGCACUCAUGGGACUGUUGGCUGCAGACAAAGAUCACCAUGACGGACACGACGAUGGUGGGAAAGAAGGCAAGGAAGCGUUGGCCCGCGUCCUUGAACUCACUCCCGCGUUGACCCAACUUCCUCCCAGGUCCACAGACGCUGAAGGAGGAUGGGUCGGCCAAGAAGCUCAGCACCUUGAAUAUGUCGUGGAUUCUGUUGAUACGAUCAAAGGACUCUUCCAUCACAUCUCUAGACUGGCCAGCGAUGUGUAUGGAAGUUCGAAAAAGACGGAGGCUGUGGCUGAGUCUGCACAAGACCCGUCGGCGUCCUCCGAAUUUGAUACGCGUGUGUCUACGUAUCUUCAAAACGUCCAAGCAUUGAAUGCAACGACGAUGAAGGAAAAACACAACUACGAACAACGCCUUCUUGCAGUUCGGAAUGCGUCCAAGAGUCAGCGCAAGGUGAGUCCGCCGCCGUUGCCACUGCCAACUCAAAACUGCAUGAUUCUGGGUUGGGACAUGGCGAUUCAAUUGAUGAAAGCCACUCGAAAAGAAGGUACUGGAGAGACGUACCUUCGCGCCGUCCAGACCAUUCAAGAGCACUUGUCGACACUCAAACCGCUGGCGUAUUUGGACGGCAUGUACGUAAGUCCGAGCGCGAGUCAGUCCUUCAACCUUCUCUGCGACUUUCUCAUUCAAGCCGCCACGGUCAUUCCAGGGCGUGACCCCGCCAUUGAAGAGGAAAUUGCGAGGCAGUCGAUCUCGGUCCUUUGCGACUUGGCUCUGGCGCGCGGGUCGCUGUCGUAUUUGUUAUCGUCUGUGCUUUGGAUGUUGUCUUGUCCAGAAAAUACGCCAUUGCACUUGCAUCCGUUGCUGACCAAGGUGGCUGCGAUCAAGGAGCAAUCCUUGUACGGCAUUUGCGAAGCAUCGGGUGAGUUGUACUGCUGUGGCCAAAACUCGUACGGCGAAUUGGGCGUUGGCGACGACAUUGAGCGCCACCAACUCACCUUUGUCCCUUUUGGUGGCUGGGACGACAUCAAGCAAGUUGUAAGCGGCAACGAAAUCCUCGCCAUGCUCACGAACAGCGGUGUCGUUCUCACUGCGGGUUUAAACAAGAGCGGGCAAUGCGGUCAUGGCCAUUUUGACGAGCGCGUGAUGCUACUUCGGCCCGUCGAAGCGUUGCGGUCCCAGAAAAUUCGGUUCAUUGCCGCCAGCAACGGCUGUGAACACAUGAUAGCCCUCACCGAAGCGGGUCUUGCGUACUCGUGGGGCUACAACGACCGUGGGCAACUCGGUCACGAAAAUUUGACCACCAAAAUUCAUCAACCCAAGCUGAUCGAGAGCAUUCGUGACAAGAAGAUCUCGUUUGCCGCCGUGAGCUACCACCACAGCGCUAUCCUGACGGACAAGGGCGAGUUGUACACGUUUGGGAUGAACGAUUGCGGCCAACUAGGGCAAGAUACGACGAUUCACGUGUCCGAGCCGCAACAUGUCAAGGCCCUUGAAGGUUAUGCUGUCUCGAUGGUGAGCUGCGGCUUGUACCACACGGUGGCGUGUACAUCCACGGGGGAGCUCUUUUCGUUUGGAAAGAACGACUACGGACAGCUGGGUGUGGGCCACAAUCGCCAGAGCAAGACGCCGUGCUUGGUUGCAACGCCGAACGAAAACAUUUGCUUUGUCACGUGCGGGUAUUACCAUUCCGUGGUCGUGGCUGCAAGUGGGCGAUCGUACUCGUUCGGGCGAAACGACUACGGACAACUCGGAAUUGGCACCAAGGUCCACCAAAGUGUGCCGCACUUGAUCACGCUCGGACCGCGCAUCACGCGAGCAGCGUGCGGGUGUUAUCACACUGUUCUCUUGUCCGAGCAAGGUCUGGUGUACACAUUUGGACGCAACAACAAGGGUCAGCUGGGAAACCGCGGCAACACGGACUCGCUGCUGCCCGUUCCGCUGCAUGUCCGACCGGAGAAAAGCGCACGACGGGUGCUCGACAUUGCAGCCGGGUUUUACACCACCUCGUUGAUUGUCGAGCGCAAGAAGGAUGGGGAUGUAGCGACGGCCGACCAGAACGUUGUGUUGCCAUUGUGCGGCCGCGUCGACAUUGAUCGAAGUGGCGAGAUCGAAGGCCUGAGCAACUUUGGCUCGAUCAGCGCCGUUGGAGUGAGUUUGUACCGUGGCAAGUGGUUCUACGAAGUCGAAGUAGUGACGUCUGGAUUGAUUCAGAUCGGGUGGAUUGACGGGUACUUUCAAGGAUCGUCCGACCAGGGCGAAGGCGUUGGUGAUCACGCGCACUCAUGGUCGUACGAUGGCAAUCGCCAGCGCCGGUGGAAUUCUGGCUCGUCCGCGUACGGCGACAAGUGGAAGGCUGGCGACAUCAUCGGAUGUCUCCUGAAUCUCGAUGACUUGGAAAUGCGUUUCUUUCGAAAUGGAGUGGACCUUGGUGUCGCGUACUCCAACUUGACUUUGAUUGCGUCGGAUGCACGUGCCGGUCUCAUGCCCGGUAUCAGCCUCGAGCGGGGCGAGAUCAUUCGACUCAAUCUUGGCCAUCGCGCGUUCGCGUUUCCAGUGAAUGGCAUCGAUGGUGUCGCACGCGCCAUGGUGUCUCCAUCGUCGCAAGUGGUGCUCCAAACCGCCACCGUCGCAAGGACCGCCACAGCACCCGAGGCAUUCGAAGGAUCGGCGCGAAUUCUCGUGGGGGAUAAAUUGUUUGUCAUCGGCGGGAUGCUCUCUGGUCCGACUGGAGUUGGCAGCGGUGUAUCGACAAACAAAGUUUGGGUGUAUUCGCAAUCGGACAAGACGUGGGGUCGAUGGAGCGACCUCCCCAUCGGCAUUCGAUACCACCAAGUGGUCGCUGUCGAUGACCAUACCUUGCUUGUCAUCGGGGGUGAACACGAUGGGCCGGUCUCGCGGCACUUGGACCUCUAUCGUGUGUCUACCAUUGCCAACGCCGAUGGCUCGUUCCCACCGUGGGAGUUGGUCCAGAGCACUGCUGCGACAUCAUCCGUGCCACCACCUCGCGCUCACCACACGGCAGCGGCCAUUCGCAUUCGACUGGAAACGCUUGUCCUGCUCUACGGCGGCAAAUCCAACGACGACACUCUCUUGGGUGACACGUGGUUCCUGUCGUUAGAGGACUACUCGUGGGCAAAGCUGCCGUCGUCGGUGGCCCUGGACCCUGGCCCACGUUUCGCAUGUACGUCGUGUGUCGUGGGUGAAAGCGUGUAUGUAUUUGGCGGGCUCGACAAAGAAGACCGGUAUCGUGCUGACCUGUGGCGAUACAACACGUUUGAUCGGGUGUGGCACUUGUGUCACGACGAUUACAUUUACACUCCCCGCACGUCGUCAUCGUCCGAGAGUGUCAAGGAUUUCAACCCACCGUUGCCGACGCCACGGAUGCACUACAGCAUGGCAUCGGACCUUGGCCAUAUUUGGAUUUACGGGGGAGAAAAUCGCAAAGGCGACUUGCUUGGCGACCUGUGGGGAUUUUCGCUGACCAAGUUGUCAUGGUGUCCAGUCGAAGUUGAAACGGACGACAACGUCAGUGGGAUCGGGCGCGCGGCCCUUUUCAUCGAAGCAGGGAGCGUUUGUGCCUUUGAUCCGUUGAAGCCAUCGACAUGCUUAUUGUACGGCGGACGUGUAAGCCGCACAGCGGGCAGUGGAGCCACGGCGAAUGUGACAACCAAGUGGGAAACCAUGGUUCGAUACCUAUCUCCGACAUCCAGCUCGAAAUUGCCGUCGUCGUGCACUCCGUCCUCGACGUCGUCGUUGUCGUCGCUUGCACAGCUUAGCAAAGCGUCUACUGUGUUGGCCAAGUUGCGUUCGAAGGAAGUGUCUUUGCUUUGUCCUCCCACGGCAGGUGACACCGCGCUGUGUUUGUUGUCGCACUUGGACCGCUUGAUUGGUGACGACGUCCCGCUGGCGGAUACGGACUCUAUCCAACCGUCGCGUUGCAGCUACCGGUCCCUGUGCAUCGAUGCUCGUGAAUCGUCCUUUGCGGUCUUGCUUCAGCUGCUCCAUCGGCUCUCGUCAACGUAUUUGAAUCCAAUGUCGAAGGCGACCAAGGACCUGUACUCGCUCGUGGUCGUGCUUCGUCUCGUCAAGUUCAACUUCUUCGAGUUGUCAACCUCGUGCUUGGAUGUCAACGACAUGGGAUUUGUGCCAACAUCGACGGAGCCCGGUGGAACGCUCUAUGACCUGCGAGAAGUUCUCUUUCAACUCGCCGACGCGCCGGCGCCAUCUCGAACCACGUCGCCAGACGUCGUGUGGUUCAGCCAAGCCAUCCAGCGGGAAACUGUCGCGACGAUCAACGCGGGGUUUUCAAUCAUGUUUCCAUCCCUUCUCGACCGUCUGGCCAUUCUCACGAGACUCUUGCACGACGACAAAAAGACCACGGACGUCUCCAACCUCCUCGUGCCGAUGCUUGUUCCCAAUUUUGCGUCGCCAAAAGCGCUCUUUGCACUCAUGUCGGAGGCGACACUAGUGGCUGAAGGAGAUCGCUGCCACGGCGUUGUGAUUGCAUUUGCAGACAAGCUGCUGCAAUCGUUGUGGAUCAAGACGUCAGCGACAGGUCCACACUCGUCUUGUUCCACCGAUGUGACGUCGUCGAUGGAAUUCCAGUGCCUGAACGUGCUCCUUCGAGCAACUGUGUUUUGGGCGUCGUCAUCGUCGAGCGGGCAAGGGUGGGCCAUCGCGAAACACAUUUGUACCAGACUUGUGCAUUUCAUUCAGUUGCUGCUGGACAGUGCUACAUCCGCUCAGGUUUCCCCAACUGCGGUGGCGGCUCUACUGGCGACGAGCUUUCCCGGAAAGCUCUUGCCGUUUCUCCUACUCAACAUGACCAGUCUACCGUCGAUUCAGGCCACGUUUUCGUCGGCCGUGGCGGAUCUUUGGCCCAACUUGGAGCUCCUACUGCACAACAUUCAUGCCUUCAUGACUUCAAGAACGAGCAAUGAAUGUAAUUCAACCAGUCUCAAAGGUCCCAACGCUGCAUCCGCAUCCUCCUCAACGUCUCGAUCGUGUUUGGACAACGACGCGCCGUUGCAUCAUUUCGUGGUGCUAAGCGCCGGCAUCAGGAGUCUAUUGCAUCGCUCAACAGCGUCUCCACCGCCUGCUAAAAUGACGGGACUCGAAUUUUCCACUCGGUUCUGGGAGCACAUUCGCACGACGAGCUCAACAUUCUACCGCAUCAACGUCACCGCCCGAGAUUUUGACUUGUAUCGUGUCGUGCUGGCCCCUGACACUGCCACCGUUUUGCAGCAACGGUCGCUAGUGGUUGGAUUCCGCGGGCCCCCGGACGACUUGGCAAGAACGCCGUACGAUAGCACAAAGAUUAGUUUGCACUUUUCGUGGGAUGUCUUGACGACCCAAGUUCAAGUGAGCCAUGCCGAUACCAGUGCAGUUCCCACGACGUCGGGGGAAUCAAAAGCCGCUCCAGCAACCAAUGUUGUCGACGUUGACGAGGACGGCGCCGGUCAUGUGGAAUGGCUGCACGAUUUUCAAAACUUGCUGUCGCAUCUGGGAAGCCACUACGCGUCAUCGUUGAUUCGCGGAGACGCUGCGGACACUGCGGCGACUUUGACUGCAGGAUUGGAACGAUGGAUCCAGUCGCCGCUCUUUCGAGGCGGUCUGGAGGAACACCCGGCAGCGGGAGACACUCCAACAAUCCGCAAUGCGCACAUUUUACAACAGAUUCUGGACAACGAAGGCGCUGGCGCGAAACUCGUCGAAAAAGUUAAAGCCGCUUUAGAUCCGGACGCUGCAUUGGCCCACAUCAACCCGAAACUGCGCGCUGCGUCGUCUCGAAUGAAACGAGUGGAUAGCGUCGAACGCACCCUCGAGAAAAGUGGCGGUUUUGAGGCUGUGGAUCGCGCUGUGCGGUCGACGUUUGCAGUGUUGCUCAAGCAUACCCAUGUUGCAUACACGAGCGACCCGGUUACGCGCGAUGGGAUGCCUGGAGAGGCGCUUUUGGAUGCGUGGAGAGCUGCGCUGCAGCUUCGACGAUGGAUUGUGCGGGAGCAACAGAAAUUGGCCGUGAGUUCGUGUGACGGCAAAGUGAACGACGACGAAGAUAAUGACUUGGCCAAGGAGCGACAACAAUCUCUGUACAAGCAAGUGUGCGAUCCCAUCGUUGCGCGCGCACGGCUUUUGCUGCAGCUAGCGGCAGUACCAGUUUUCACGCCAGUAGACGUGAGCCAUUCGCCUUUCAAGAUCCUCCCCGGCAUCUCCAACACCCCAUUUGAUUUCUCCAAGGGCUCCACGUCGUCUCCACCCAUGGCACGUGUGGCGCCAGAGGAUGGUACAACCGACCGUCAAGCGUGGUUGCGUCAGCUCAACCAGAUGAUGGAAACCAAAUCCAUGGAUGCAAUAGAAGAGGAAGACGAGAAGAUUCAGACGGAUAUCUUUGCGUUUCUACAGCAAACCCCCGAUACGAGUGUUGAAGCGGCCAUGAAAGCGCUCCUCGGCGACCACCAACUACGCGCCAGCAGACGCCUGCAAGGCCUGAAAAUAUUCUACACACUUCUCAGCAGCACAGCGUCGAUCCCGACCGCUCGUUUCCACAUUUUGCCCAUUCUUGCAAAAUCGUUUCGAGCAAGUUGGGUUCCCGGGUCCGACAAAGUUCACUAUUCCCAUCAACUGGAACUGGCUGGGCGGUCGAAGAUCCAGGCCAUUGGACGGCAAUUCUUUGCACUAGUGUCAUACCUGAUCGACCAUUCGUCAACGCAUCUCCUCUCGCUCAAACAAAAGUACUGCAGCAAUUCGACGGACAAGUCCAAAAAGCCCAGUGUGCACAGCAUGCACCAACAAGUCCACGCAAUGCUGCUGACGCUGGAUGUGUCGAGCAUUCCUUACACCGCCGAUGACUGGUCCCAAUUGUCGGCCACAAAAUUGCCUUCCUUCUUGACCGAAACAAUCAGCUGGAGCAGCUGGAAACAAGUGUUUGCUAUCGAAGACGUGGACGAUGCAACUGCCAUGAGUGAAUCCGCGUCCCACCAGAAAGCUCCGAUCUUGCCGGCUGGUGUCGGGUGGAGCGGCCUUCCCAUUUUGCACGGAACGGCAGUCGUCGUCGAAGCGGAGACUCAUAUCGUGACAAGUGCCGGGCCAGUCCCUGCUGCCGAAACCAUUGCGGAUCCAUUUGCCCCUGAACAUGACGUUGGCGGCUUGGUUGUCGCAGCGCGACCGUUGUCCAAAGGUCGAUGGUAUUGGGAGAUUGUGUGGCGCCACCAAGGUGCCUAUCCCAUCUUUGUCGGUGUCAGCAAUGGGUGUGCCAAUGUAAAUCAAGCGUUCGGCACCGACGGUAACUGCGGCACCGUGGGGGUGUUUCUCGGCAAGGACAAACUACCCGCGACGUCGAGCGCUUAUUACCACCACAUUUCGUCCCUCUAUCACGUCUGGGCACGGCUGCAACCGAUUGGCGUGCUGCUGGAUUGCGACGCCAAAACUCUGGAUAUUUUCUGUGGUGUCAAGCGCGUGCACUCGCUGAGUGUGGCGCACGCGACCACGGCGGCGUUCUUUCCAGCACUUGGCCUCGUGGACGGCGAAGCUCAAUGGGAUGUGUACGCUCCAGUCCCAGCCCGUAUCUGGUCCACAGCGCCAAAAUUCACGUUUGUGUCUGGUGGCUUGGCGUUGGAUUCGUUUGGUGGCAACGCACUGAGCUGGAAUGGGCGAGUCAAGGGUCCGAAUCUCCACCUGGCCGCGGAUUGCUCGACCGUCGUGGCUGGAGACUGUCUGUUGGCGAUGCCGCAAAUCGAAACAGUUGUGACCAACAAAGCGUUCCAAGACGGCCAGUUGUAUGUCGAGCUGAGCGUGUUGGCGUCUCGGCACCGCGCGCAUUUCGUGCUUGGUAUUGUGGACACUUCGUUCCAUGCCGCACAUGAAGCCAUCGAGGGGUUGCAUCUUGAAUAUGACGAAAUCGAACAGGAACACGACGGCCUCCUGGGCAUCCUCUUCGACUUCAACGAAGGAAAGCUCACGGUGUAUCAAAAGCGCAAAGAAGCGAUUGUACACUCGGUCGAUGUAUCGGGUCUCACACCACCGUACGUGCCGGCGCUCUCUGCGCUGUGCAAUGGCGCGAUCUUGUUCACAAACUUUCACCCACACGCUCGACCACAGCUGCCUCCGUCGUCGAUUUAUCCCUUGGCCAAAAGUACCGUGGCAAUCUCGUCCGCGACAGAGAAACAAGUGGGCAAAGUGCUCGAUUUCCAAGUCGUGACGUGCGAUGGCGGCGAGUUUAGCGCGUCCCACGCUGUCAACAAUGCCCUUGUAGACGACUCCACUGUUUACAGCUCGGCGGGUUCGCAAAACAUUUCGCUCGUUCUCAAGCACGCCACAGACACACCGUUUAGUAUCACGUAUGCCAUGAUUCGCGGUCCUGGGGCUGGGUACACGGCCCCGCUGCAGCACGCGCUCGUAUUUGUGAUGAGUACGCCACCUGAAUUGGACGAGCUCGAGCAAUACAAUGGCCUCACCCCAGAGGAGUUUGCCGGGCUGCCAACCGCCCCGUCCGACGCUCACGCCAAGCGCGACGAAUGCAUCCCAGUGUUGUACUUUGUGCUUGACGGCAAUUGCUCGUCCGCGUCGAAGCGGUUGACGGUCCCAGUCACGGGGAGGUAUGUCGUCGUGAAAUUGCUUCGACCAGCCAGUGGCGGAAACAUCGAUGUCGGCUACAUUGGUUUUUGUGGCGCUUUCGACAAAGAAAACGGACCGGCGUACUGCGACUUGUACUGGGACGACUACUUGUGUACAGAGUGCCACUUGUGCCCUAUUCCAGGUAUCUGCUACGUCAGCGAAGAAGACGAACAGGCUAAAUUGUGCUCGAGUUGCUACGACGACCAACGCGGAGAUGUGUCGGCGUCGUACUACGCGUGCGUUCCGACCGACGACGAGCAUCGAGGUGAAGUUUCCACGUCGGUGCGCUGCGCGCCUCGUCAAGCUUGGUUGGAGUCUGUCGUCGCCUCAUACGAAUCAACAAAACUCUCGACACCGAGCGACCGCCAUUCAGCCAGUCCUGCCAAACCGUUCGCUCCAGAUGAAGUCUUCGAUGACGUCGAGUUGUUUGCGUGUGGUCAAAACAAUUAUGGCGAACUCUGUCUCGGCCAUUGCAACUCGACGAGUAAGCUGGAACAUGUUCCGCUGUUCACGGCCAAGAGCGUCAAGCACAUGACGGGUGGCAAUGAAGUUCUUGCCGUGGUCAUGCGGGACGGUAGCGUGUACACUUGUGGGCUGAACAAGAGCGGUCAGUGCGGCAACGGCACGUUCGAAGAGCGCGUCGUGCUUGCAACACCGGUUCGUGCGCUGGCAGGCAUUCCCAUUGCCAUGGUUGCGGCUGCGAACGGAUGUGAGCACAUGAUUGCUGUCGCUCAGGACGGGUCGGCGUACUCGUGGGGAUACAACGAUCGCGGGCAACUGGGUCUUGGGUCGACCAUUUCCAAGAGCCACACGCCAAAAUUGAUUGAGGCGCUCCACGAAAAAUACGUGAUUGUGUCCGCCGGGGUGAGUUAUCAUCACAGCGCCGUCGUGACGAGCAACGGCGAGCUCCUGACGUUCGGCAUGAACGACUGUGGUCAACUCGGUCUCGAUCACACGCAGCACCAACACACGCCACAGAUAGUCGAUGCCUUGGCGAGCCAAGUCGUGACAAACGUGUCGUGCGGCCUGUACCAUACCGUCAUCAUCACUGCCGGUGGUGACGUUUACACUUGUGGAAAGAACGAUUAUGGCCAACUUGGACUGGGUCACUCCCGCAGCGUCAAAGUGCCGACGCUGAUGAAACUCAGCGACAGCGACGACAAAGCCGUGAACGGAUGGAGCGGGUAUUACCACACCAGCGUGAUCACGGACAAGGGUAAAUUGAUCACGUUUGGUCGCAACGACUACGGCCAACUCGGCAUUGGCAGCAAGGAACAUCGCAAUUCGCCGCACUUGGUUCCGUUGCCGGCAGGAUCGAAGGUCACGUCGGCGGCGUGCGGAUGCUACCACACGUUGAUUUUGCUUGCAAAUGGACGGGUUAUGGUGUUUGGACGCAACAACAAGGGCCAGCUCGGCGCUGGCGCGAGAACGUUGCCAUCAGCGGACCUACCGCUUCCGAUUCCGUCGAGCGCGCUUUCCAACGACGACGUUGUGGCGAUCGCUGCGGGCUUUUACAGCUCGUAUAUUCUCACUGGGCGGAAAGCAGACAAUUCGAGCAAGAAAUCGGGAACGUCUGUGCGAGAUGAACUCAAAGACAUGCACGGUCCAGAGCACCAGAGCGUGAGCUCGGAGGCACUUUUCGAGUCGCUCAUGCGUGAGAUGGACCGAAAUUCGUUGAGCGACACCCCCAACGACACGUCGCCGCUGUCGCUGAAACGAAGCAACACGUCCAAGAAGCUGCCGUUGCUAAAGCUCUUGUCAGGAGCUUGGGCCAUGACACGCACGCUCAUGUACCAGUCGCUGCAGUCGAAAAAACCAACGGAAAUUCUCAAGACGUUCAUCUUGUCGAUGCUGGCCAAUCUUGCCGAGUCCUCGAAACAUGCAGACGCUGUGGCGACACCAUCUUCGACUGGUGCCCCUUCCACCGAUGACGAAGGAUUUUUCAACCUGUCGGACGCGGCGGUGGGCUUGAUCAAGUAUUGCGCGUCGGAAAAGUCCAAGUCGGAUGGAAUGCAAAUCCCGUCUCAGUUGUUUGGCAACCAAGUGUUGUGGGUGCUGCUGACUUGCGGCUCCGUCCACGCAGACGUCUGUUCGGUGAUGGCAACGUCGUCGGUGGUGCUGCAAGAGAUCAUCCGAGGCAUGUUGUCAUCGACGCUGUCGUCAUCUAUUAUCUGCAUGCGUCUCGGCAUGCUCAUCUUCCCGCUGCAGUCCGUGUCGGCCGUGAACAAAGUGUACAAAUCGAUUGCGUCCAUCUCGUCCGACAUCAUGACGUUUUUGUUUCUCGUCGUGGGCUACCCCCUCAUGCUGCGACCACCACUUUGCAAGCACGAGCUUGGAGUCGAGUGCUCGACAACGUCGUUGUGCAAAUACUUCAACUGCACCAAAGGCGUGGCGGUUGACGCCCCGAUUGCCGCCGCCCUGUCGGCGAUGGUGGAAAAGCACCACAUCCACCACGCAAAAUCAUGCGAAGCUAUCUCGCUCGUGCGAUACCUUACCCUGUUUCCAACAUGGAAAAAGGCUGCUGGAGCGACGAUUGCUCGCGCGCUGGAGAAGACGGAUGUCGUGGACGACCUGUUGGCCACGAUCUCGAAAUUCUACGAGCACUUUGCAGGCGCGACGGGCGACAGUUUGCCUGGCGACGACUUUGUUGACGACGACGUUGUGGUUCGGCAACCCGAAAACACGUCACCCGAGCAUGAUGACCCGGCCAUCACCCCAGGACCGCGACCGAGCGAUGGCAACUCCACCGAGAAGGAGAAAAACAUCGACGUGAUUUCCGAGUCGCUAUCGUUCGACAGGACAGCGGCAGCUCUGCGCAAAAAGGCAAAGGACGCGUUAGAUCAUGCAACGCUCUUGUUGGCGUCGAUUGGAAUUCUCGGUGGCCACACCGAGUUGCUUCGGGAAGGCGGACAUGUUUUAUUUGAAGACUUUGAAAUGCGGGGUCGAUACAAAGGUGGGGUGCUGGUUGGACUCAAGAAGAGUCUUCGCGGUGGCAUUGACGGUUGCAUUGCAGUUGCAGACGACGUCGCGUUGACCACGUCUCCCAGUCCGACAGACAACCCGACGCUUGUCGUCCCUCUCAAACAUUUGCAACCCGUUGAACGCAUCCCUGCGAUUCCCCAAAUGUUUGAUGAAAACCUAAGCGACGCCCUUCACGCUCUGUCCAAGUUGAUCGUGCCAGCGUCGUCAUCGUUUGCGUCGAAACUCGACUCGUUCAAUCCUGUUGUCCAUGCGAAUGUCGGUGUCGUGUUGAAAUCGUUCAAGAAUCAAAUUCGGUGGCGGUCGACCAAGGCGCUUGCGUCAGUGCUCAAGCAACUGCCGUCGCUCGAUACGUCCACGAGCAACAACAUGGACGUGUCGAUUAUGUCCAAUAUUGCAGCUCUCCUGGCGUCGGAGAGCAGCACGACGGUCCAACGCCACGGGAACGCCAUCGACGUGGAUGACGACAGGCUCUCGUUUUUACACGCCAAGUGGUUUGCUCUCAAGGAACACCAAGCGUACUUGGCGGCCGAAAACGUGAUUGAUUCCGCCUUGGACGCAAGUGAGAGCCACGUGCGCGACGAAGUUGUCCAGCGCCUCGGAAGUGAAAAUGCACUCUCGUGGGGCAUGGAUGCGAUCCAAAGUCCCAAGAAGCGGCAGUCCAGCGUCAUGGCCAAAGUCAAUGUGAAGCCACAACAAUCGAUCGACUCGUCGUCGACGGCAGUGCCGCUCGGGGUGUGGGGCAUGCUAUGUCCUGUUCAAGUUGCAGACGCUGAACGCGACCAUUCGUUCAACUCGACCUUUCAUCUGCGCUCGCCGGUCGUCCGCGUCGGCCGAGCCACCGACUCGUGUGACAUCGUUAUCAACGAUCGAAGCGUGUCCGGCCGCCAUUUUCACCUGCGGCGAGUGCGACAGGACGCAGUCUGCGCUGACGAGUACUUCGAGCUGCAAGAUUUCUCGAAGAACGGCACGAUAGUCAACGGCGUGCGAGUGCACGGGGCUAGCAUCCGUGUUGCCCAUGGAGCGCGCAUCUCGUUGAUUCUGUCUCGAGGAGGCAUGAUCACGUACGAAUUCCACGUCAUGCCUCAAACUGCCUCGGUUAUGGCCGAGCCUCUGUCGCCUUCAGGAUCGGCUCUGUCACUGCUUCCAGCACCCAUCGCAGCUGCAAGCGCGAGCGAACCGCAACAGCAGACGCAGCAAUCGGAGCUCCAUGAGCCUCGAAGUCCUGCCGAGGUUCAAAAUCGCGCAGCGUCCUCGGUGACGUCAUCGCAAGUCAAUACGAAUGGCGUGAUGAUGGGCAACAUUCGUGCCCGCUUGGGACCACAAGGACUUCGAUUGAUCACAACGAUCGGCGAAGGCGAUGUACCCCGCGCGCUCAUCUCGCCAAAUCCGGCCGUGGACUCUCCCAGAGUCGGUGGGAACCACCCGGUGAACCCGCCGCCGAUCGCGAUUUCUGUCCAUUCGCCGCGCACACCUGCCGUCGGGUCUCCAAUGGCGUAUCCUGCGUCCGGAGUGUUGUCCCCGGCAUCCUUCCAACAACGAGAAAGCAGCGCGUCCCUCGCGCCACCGGUCCUGCCGCAUGGGGAAAUGGCCGUGUCGGAAGCCCUUCGAAUCGCACUUGGCCGAGAAAGUCUGCACCGCGAGCGAGACCCGGACGCGCUCAGCCGACCUCGAGUAUUGUCAUCUACCGGAGAAAUUUCAUAUCCCAAGAAAGCCGCCGUGCCGUCGUCGUCGAAACCGGAUGUGAAAGGCACGGCUGUGAGCGAUCUCGCCAAGGACUUGUGCACCCGCGUGCGCGACUUGGGCGGUCAUGGCGUUGAAUUGGAAAUGUGCGAAAAGGCGUUGGAGCUUCAUCAAGGCGACGUUGUUCGAGCGCUCAAGUACGUCCAGGAGACAAUCGGAAAGGCUCAGAGUAUGGGGCUGAGUCCCCAGCACCACUUGGCGGCGAGAAGUUUAUCGCACAUUUUGGGCCGCAGCGUGUCGGUGUGCUCGUAUGCGCUAAAGCAGUCGCGGGACAACAUUGGCGUUGCUCUGCGGACGCUUCUGUUUUCGCCUCCAUCGGCGAUGGACCAUGGCGCAAGUGGGGCUGACCACGGUGGUGACGACGCCCAGGACCAUCGAGACGAACUGGUGUCUCAACAGUUUGAUAAGUUUGUGUCGCAGGCAGUCGACCAGCUGAGCACAUCUGCAGACAUGAACGACGCGGAAAACCCGAGCUACUCCCUCAUGGAUACGUCGGUGCAUGCGUCGCCUCGGCGAUCGACUCGGCCGGUGGUUAGUCCCGUUCGUAGCUCCAAGGACGGAAAAGCGAAAAAAUCGGAUAAUGAUGCAGCCGUGCCAUGGAGUGUGUGCAAUGCCCAUAUCGAAGAUCACAUCAAGGGUCUGAAUUGGCGAGACGUUGACGCCGAAGAAGACAGCGUGAGCCAACUGCUGAGUGCAGUCCAUGCCCGCAAGUUGCUCUUGCAGGUCAUUCGGCUGCUCCAGACGCAUCCCAACAAAUCGGCCGAGAGCAGUCCACUUUGCAGCUUCGGCGACCGGUCGACCCUCCGGCAACUCGUGUUGUUUUCCGAGCCAACGGACAGUGGCGCUGGGACGAUUGCCACACCGUCGAACGGGCGAAUUCAACAGAUCCUGUCCCGGAUAUCCCAGGACGUGCUGAGUGCGUCGGCGGCCCGAACGCUGGAGCACAACAUGCGCACGUUUCAAAACAUUUCGACCUUGGUGAGCAGCAUUGACGAAAGCGAUCGCUGCCACAACCAACACAGCACGGCGUUGACGGUGGUGCACACGCUUUUGAGUUCAACCGACGACGACGAAUUUCGGCGAGGAAUUUACGAAGACUUGGUCAUGGACACGAUGAUGCAUGUCAUGUCGAAAACGUAUUCGUCCAAGGGGAUGCUCGACUUUGACGCCAAGAAGGAGUCGGAAUAUCCCAAGGGGCCAUUCUUGCUCUCGAGUGGCCUCGAGGUUGCCGUCGUGUCGUCAUUCGAACGUGUGUGGGGCGUGCCGUACCCAGACCCGUUGCUCACGUUUCGCCACAAGUGGCGUAAAAAGACAGGGCUCGACAAAGAGUCGAGUGCGUCGUCGUCCGCAGCGCGUGCCGCGUACGACUGCAGUGUGACAUUGUGGAAGCCCGUCCUCCCUCCGUCAUUUCAAACGACUCUGGUUGCGCCGGACAAGUGGUUUGCGCUCAGUGUCGUGGCCAAAUCCGGCAACGACGCGCCUACGACGCCUCUCGUCAUGAUUCGAGACAACCAAGACGGGUGUUUGGCGCCGCCACUUCGCUUUGACUGUGUCGACGUGAGUGGGAAAGGUCUCCCGAAAAACUCGGAAUUGGACUUGGAGUUUGAGCGCAAGCAGUUGCGGACGGUGUGGUGGCCCGUGGCGCCUCCUGGAUACGUGGCGCUGGGGUGUGUUGCCGGGACGAAAGAACUGCCGUUUGACCCUCCCAGCCUCGACAGCUACCGAUGUGUCCGCGCCGAUUUAGUGCAUUCGUUCGAUGGCCCCGUGAGCUGUAUUUGGCACGCGCCCACUGUGUCGUUGUGGACUGCAGCAUCCGACUACGCGCAGCAUUUGAUUCCCAUCACGAAUUCGGACGCGACGGCCGUGCACGUGCUUCAAUUGUCCGAAGACGAUCGAAUUCUUUGUGCCCCCACCACCGUCGCGACAGUUCUCCGGUUUGUCCACGUGCUGCUUUCUGCCCAAACUUGCAUGGGAAAGCAAACGCUGGCGCCAGAACUCACGUCGGCGCUGUUUGUUCUGGUCAAGCAAGCACUCGGCGACAAGCGCAGCCACCCUGUGAGUGUCGAACUCGUCCGUGCGCUGACGACCGUCAUUCGACACGGGUGUCCGUGGAAGGACAAGGAAGGGGUCCUGUAUUGCCGGUCCAAAGUCAUGUUUUUGUACCAAGAUCAAGAGGGCAGUCUGAUGCUAAGUUCGCUCCUGCAAGCGCUCGUGGAGCUCCUCCUCGUCGUUGAUAGCCACCACCGCGACGACACACGCGCAACGUUUGCAACCCUACCAGCAUACGAUGCCACAUCCACACUGCCGUACACGUUUACCGUGCCGCAACAGUCGCUCGUGCAUGCCGUCUAUUCGGUCGGCAAAGUCGCCGUGACGAAGAACUCGGAGCACAAGUUUGGCGUAGGCUUUUGUGUGGAGGACAAGCGUCCAGCGGCUGACGGAGGAGGCGUCGGGGCUGAUGCUGUCGUUGCGACGGUGCGGUUUGAAAACGUCGCACCGGUGCAAGUCUUGAUGGAGACCCAGACACAGCCUGUGGCAACGCUUGUGUACUUUGAAGUGCACGUAAACGACGUCCAAGUGGGCACCAAGCCGUUGGGAUUUUCGCUCGGGUUUUCCAUCCGAGACUUUAGCGUCGACGGCGGCGUGUGUGUUGGCCACGCGAGCAAAACGUACUCGUUUACGCCGGCCACGGGUAAAAUUCAGUGCGGCGACCCGUUGGUUGAUUUGUGGCCAUGGCCCGAAACAGCGCACGCCGUAGGACGCGGCGAUGUGUUUGGAUGUGGGUUGCGCCUAGACAGUCACGAGAUAUUUUUCACCAAGAACGGUCGGUGGCUUGGCACGGCAUUCUCGUCCAUCAUUGGAGACAUGCAGUUGCAUCCGACGGUGUCCGUCGACGCCGAUCAGUCGGUCGACGUGAUGCUGAGCCACGCGGCGGAGAAGCAAUUGUUCCCGCUUGAUACGACCGACUGGGACAGUCCCAUGCAUGGCUUCGAGUGGUUUGACUACCUACGUCAAGUCCACAGCAUCAUGCACUCGCUGGUCGAACGCAAGCCGCUGCCGGACGAGUUUCUCCUGAGCGCAGACAACUUUUUGUCGUCGAUUUCGACGGACGUGUGCCAACGUUUCUCGUCGGCGCACCCGUACGACUUGGAUUUGCAUGAACGGACGAUCCAUGUUGCGCUGGCAACGUCCAUGCGCAUCCAGUUGGACCCGCUGUGCGAGACGGCGGGAUCGCACUGUCUUCAGAUUGUCCAGGGCAGCAGCGACGACGCGGCCGAGUCGGAGGUGCGGACGUUCACGGGAUCGUGUGGUGGCCAGGAGAUUACAGUCGACGGCAACGAGUUCACGUGGCGAUUUCCCGUUCAAUCGAAUUUUCAAUGCCGCAUCGAUCGGGUGCGCAAGGGUCCGUACAUCAAACUCGACAACCGCGACACACGUAUGAGUUUGACUCGCGACAAGGGGUGGCAAAGCGCCAUCGGCGUCGCGCGCUUCGACUCUGGCGUCCACACGUGGGAGGUCAAGAUUGCAAUGGUCACUGCGAGCUCGAAUGUGUUUCUCGGGAUUGCUCGCAAGGACGUUCGGUUUGAUUCGUACCUUGGCAAAGACAAUCGCGGGUGGGGUUGGAUUGGCAAUCGCGCGCUGUGGCACAACGGAUCCAAGCAGCGUGGCACGUACGGAGAAAAGUUCAAGACCGGCGACGUCAUUCGGAUGGUGCUCGACUUGAAGCGCGGCACGUUGAGCUAUGCUUUGAACGGGAAGGACCUUGGGGUCGCAUUUGGACCUGGUGGCACUGGCCCGAAGCUCGAAGGGACAUUCUACCCAGGGUUUGCUCUGUACAACCAACGCGACGUGGUCGAGUUGAUUGGAGGCCAUCGCAUGGAAGACUGCGACGCCGUCGGCAGUGCCACCGGUGGACUCGUCGACGACAGCGCCAUGAUGUACGCAAGCGACGACGAGGAAGUCGACGUAGCUGCUGAGUCUGUUCCGAGUUACCGCGUCGAGUUGGCCACCGUGCUGAGUCAGAUGGGAUUUCCCAUGGAUUGGUGCGUGUACGCAUUGAAGCAUUGCGACGAUGACGCCGAACAAGCAGCGGACUUUAUCCUUGGCAACAUGCAUGCGAUGGAAGCACUCGUGCGCGAAGAAGCGGAAGCGUACAGUCGAUCGCUGGUGGCGCGAGAAGACAUUCCAGUCCCCACUCCAUCCGACGAUAUCGUCGACGUGGCGGCAUCGACCGCCACGGGUUCCGACGACUUGCCGACGUCGGACCUUGACGCGCCAUCCAUUCCCCCGGCAGACGGGGCUCCCGCUCCGCCUGGAGUCGCAGGCACACAUGAAAAAUGGGGCGUUGCGUUUACGGUCGUUCCUGAAUUUUCCGUGGCGGGAAGGCAACUCCUGGCGCUCCGGUAUGCCCCCGCCCUGAAAGAGCUCCAUGCCGCGCAAGCCGUGUUUGAACUCGAGCACGACGAGGCCAUCGUGACGAUUGUCAACACGUACUGCGAAGCGAAAGCCGAAGCGAGCAUUCCGUGCGAUCCCCUCCGCCUCCGCAUGGACGAAUUCCACCCGACGGAAGACGACAUGCGCGUUCACGCAUGUUUGACAGGCAUUCCGCUCGCGACCCUUCAAGCGCGGUUCCUCAUCUUGCGCAAUUUCAAUGCCCGUCUUCAGCACGUGCUGUCGCUCAUCGACUACUCGGCAACGGACUCGGCCCUGACCAAGUGCAUCCGCGCGCUGCGGGGAUGUGUGUUUCAAACGGUCAAGCUCAACUGGUGGUUCAGUAUCCUGAAAGAGCAGCAGACGCCAGCUGCGGCCCGUCCCGAGAUCGAAGUGGACCGACUCAAGGCCGCCGAGUCGACCAACGGCGUCCUCCAUUCCGUGUACGCCCAAUCGUUUGCGCAAUUGCACCCGCUCCAAGGGUCGCUCUUGCGGGGCCACGACCGAGCGUUCAAGUGCCAGUUUGUCGGGGAAUUUGGCGACGAUUUCGGCGGGUUGUACCGAGAGAUUCUGGCGCAAAUGAGCACCGAGCUGCAGACACCGACGUUCCUGCCGUUGCUCGUCCCGUGCCCGAACGAAAUCAACAAAGUCGGCGAAAACCGCGAGCUGUUUGUACCCAACAUCCACCUACGCAACGACGUCAAGCUUGUGCAAAUGGCCGAGUUUCUUGGCAAGUUGAUGGGGAUUGCCAUUCGGAGCAAGACGCCGUUGGAUUUGAACCUGCCGCCCGUCGUGUGGAAAUAUUUGGUCGACCAGCCCGUCGACCGCGCCGACAUCGAGUCGAUUCACCAAGGGUGCUUCCAGGUGGUCGACACAAUCCACAACAUGACGAAGCACGGCAUCACGCCCAACAUGUUUGACGACCUCAUCGACGCGACGUUUACCGUGCUGUCCAGCGACAAACAAGAAGUGGAGCUCGUGCCUGGCGGGAGGCAGGUCCGCGUGACUUGGGACGACAAGGAGGAAUACGCGCAAGCUGCGGAAGCGUACCGCCUCACCGAGUUUAAGCCAGUGUGCCAAGACGUAGCCCGAGGCAUUGCAACGAUUUUGCCAUUGCCGACGCUGGGGCUCCUGACGUGGAAGGACUUGGCCACCCUCACGUGCGGCAAGUACACGGUAGACGUGGAGCUGCUCAAGCGGCGGACGUCGUACGGAGACGGGUGCUCUGGCACCGACCCGCACAUCGCGUACUUUUGGGACGUCUUGCGCGAGUUCACCGAUGCGCAGAGAUCGUUGUUUCUCCGGUUUGUGUGGGGUCGGUCCCGGCUCCCUACCCACGCGGCCGACUUUACGCAAGAUUUCAAAAUCUCAGGCAUGCCCAAAGCCGUGGGCAAAGCCGACGCGUAUUUGCCCCUGGCCCACACAUGCUUCUUCUCCAUCGACAUGCCUGCAUAUUCGUCGAAAGCCGUGAUGCGAGAAAAGCUCAUGUAUGCCAUCACGCAUUGCUCGUCUAUCGACGCCGACAACACGACGGUUGCCCAGCGGGCUGGUCAAGGCCUCAACUGGACCCGAACGACCGCGGGCGAAAUGUAAACGAUAAAGCUGUAAUCGUGCCUGACGAAUGCAUCAUCC